AUGUCUCAUUCAGUUAACUCUGGUCAGCUUGCUUCAGUCUUGACUUGUCGACAACAUAUAUCUAGGUUUAUGAGGGAAUGGGAGAUGGAUCCUCAUCUUCGACCUUAUAUUAUUCGAUCUAGAUUUUAUGGUGUAUACCGUAUUGGACACAUUACACUAGAUUGGGGAUUGAUCACUAGUUUAGUUGAGAAAUGGCGUCUUGAGACAUACACAUUUCACUUACCUGUUGGGAAGAUGACCAUUACUUUACAGGAUGUUGUUGUCAUAUUAGGACUUCGUAUUCAUGUGCUUCCCAUCACUGGCACAUAUGACAUAGAUUGGUCACUGCUAUGUUAUGAACUUUUAGGGGUGACUCCCCCUACAUCUGAGAUUAAAGGAUCGACGAUAUCAACACGAUGGUUGUCACCAGUUCUCUCAUCCACUAGUUGA